AUGAAGGUCAAAGAGGCGCUCUACAACAUUCUCUUUGGCCCGGAUCAGUCCUCUGCAUCGUCAUCAUCUGAACCGUCCACAACCAUCUCCAUAGCAGCAGCAUCGUUGGGCGUUCCGACAGAAGCGCUGUCCAAGCUUACCUCGCAUUCGAUCCACGCUCUGCAGAAUCUGUCCGCCUACCGUCAGAGACCCGGAUCGGAGCCAUGUCCCCAAUCCGUACCAGCGUAUCGUCGAGCCGCUGUGCUGCUCGGCCUGUUUGGCGGACGCAACGGCGAGCUCUACGUGAUCCUCUCUAAGCGUUCCUCACGGCUACGCUCUCACGGUGGAGACACAGCCAUUCCUGGCGGUCGGUUCGAACCGACCGACAAAGAUCUCGAACACACGGCACGUCGCGAAGCGUUUGAAGAGACAGGUCUUCCCAUCGACCCCACCAAAGCAGUCAAGCUCUGCGAACUGCCCCCUUUCCUCUCGGCAAAUGAACUGGUCGUGACUCCUUUCGUAGUAUUCAUCACAGACCACAACAUUCAACCGCAUCUCAAUCCUCGCGAAGUCGACAGCCUCUUCUCCCUCCCACUCGUCUCGUUCCUCUACCACAACCCUCCACGAGACCUCCGUCGCUCCCUCCAUCUCACGCCUACACCGGACCCAGAGGCACUCCGUCACAUGCCAGCCAACGAAGUCUCCCCCAUCUCGGACUGGCACACCUGUCGCGACAUUCUUUGGCUCGGCGGUCACAGGAUCCGAAGACACACGUUCUGGGACGAGAGGAAUCCCAUCAGAGGCCUGACCUCCGACAUCCUGAUUUUGGCUGCGAGGAUCGCGUAUGCCAUGAAACCACAGUUCUGGUUGAAAUGUGAUGGGCAACCGAGUCAAGCUGAUUUGAUAGAGCUGGCGUUCAAGAGUCCUCUAGCGGUGAAGAAGUUCAGGGUCAAGCCGAGGAUGCAGUUCUUGAGAGGACCGGAGUCCUUUAGUUUCAACAGGGCGGAGCGGACGGAUGAUGAGUUGGAACAGCCCCAGGACGAGAAGGACUUCCAAUUGGCGCCACCGGCAGGGCCGGGUCAGGACGGUAAGCGAGAGGCAGAGGCGGUGGGUGGGAUCACGAAGCCCAAGCUGUGA